CUCAUUGCCCAGCCCAUUGUUGACCUUAUAAGAAGCCUGUGGCAGUGGAUGUCGUUUCUUUUCCUCUCUUUUCUGCUCUGUGUGCUUGUAUAGCAGCUGCAUACAGUCAAUAUUUUGUAAGCUCGCAGCAGCGCCACUACCCAAAACCUGUCCUCCACCACUAGAACACGCUCCUGCAAACUGUCUAUCCUAGCUCCCCUCACCCGCCGACCGUUUGGCCCCUCUCUAGCUCUUAAGCUACACCACCUACAACACCUUAGACCCUUCAGCAUGGCUUGGAGAUCCUCGGGCUCCUCGAACCAAUCCCUCAUUGACAACCUCGAAAAGAAUGGGCUGAUCGAAACAAAACGCGUCAAAGGCGCCAUGCUGCAGGUUGAUCGCGCGCACUAUGCUCCAGGAAAUCCCUACGACGACAGGCCGCAGCCCAUAGGCCACAAAGCUACCAUCUCAGCACCGCACAUGCACGCAAACGCGUGCGAGUCAUUACUUGACUACCUACAACCUGGCGCCAAGGUCCUCGACAUAGGCUCAGGCUCGGGGUACCUCACAGCUGUACUAGCGAACCUCGUUGGACCGACCGGAAAGGUCGUGGGCAUUGAUCACAUUCAGCCACUCGUCGACAUGGCGAACACUAACAUGGCAAAGUCAGAAGAAGGAAGGAAGAUGCUAGAGUCUGGCCAGGUCAAAUUCGUCACAGGGGACGGCAGAAAAGGCUGGAAAGAAGACGCGCCGUACGAUGCUAUACACGUUGGGGCUGCUGCGGCAGAGCAUCAUAAAGAGUUGACUGAACAACUGAAGGCCCCUGGCCGGCUGUUUGUGCCUGUUUCUGAUGGCUGGAGCCAGCACAUUUACGUUAUCAACAAGAAGGAGGAUGGCAGUAUCGACCAGAACAGGUUGUACGGGGUGCAGUACGUUCCAUUGACUGAUGCGCCGGAGUAAAGGGUGAGCGAGAAAAAGCCGGAUCGAUGGGGCGGCGCAAGGGUGUUGGGAUGUAAGAUACCUUCAAUAGCACACAUCAUCAAUCAAUCUGAAUG